AUGAAGCAUCGGAAAACUGAUCGAGAAGACAUUUCAGUUGAAAGCACCGCUGUAGUUGAACUAAACAAUGACCACCAGCUUCUCUCUCACAAUCCUCAUGAAUCUGAUGACCGAGAUCAGAAAGGAGUAAAACUUAGUUUAACAUCAAACAAGGAACCAGGUCCUUUGGGUGAGAAGCCAUUUUUGUGCAGAGAUUGUGGGAAAUACUUUCAACAUAGAAAUAGCUUGUUGGGCCACAUGAGAAGAACCCACAGAGUUGAUCAACCAUAUGUAUGCAACACCUGUGGGAAAAGAUUCUCUCAUGAAUCAGUACUCAAGGCCCAUAAACGAGUCCAUUGUGAUAAGAAACCCUUUUCUUGUGAACCAUGUGGAAAAGAUUUCAAAUGUAGUUAUAGCUUAAAAGCCCACAUGAAAGUUCACAGUGGGGAAAGGCCGUAUUCCUGCCUCACCUGUGGGAAAACAUUCACUAAGACAACAAAUUUGAAUUCUCAUACAAGAAUUCACAGUGGGGAGAAGCCAUAUUCCUGCAUCACUUGUGGGAAAACAUUCACUCAGUCAUCACAUUUAAAGGCUCAUAUAAGAAUUCAUAGUGGGGAGAAGCCAUAUUCCUGCAUCACCUGCGGGAAAACAUUCACUGAGACAUCACAUUUGACGCGUCAUGUAAGAAUCCACACUGGGGAGAAGCCACAUUCCUAAAAGCAUUCACGCAGAAAUCACUACUGAAGUUUCAUACAAGAAUCCACACUGGGGAAAGGCCCUAUUCUUGCAAUACAUUCACUCACACAUUUGCAGUCUCAUAAGAAUUCGAAAUGGGGAGACGUCAUAUUCCUGUAAAAAAUAUAUGAAAGAGGUUUCAAAAAUUCUAGUAACUUAGUUUUUCUCAGUUCCUUUGGUACAUUUCUCAGAUUAAAAAUUAAAUGAUCAAAACUA